AUGGAGCCUAUUAGGAAAGACAUGGAGCUGCUUAGUAAUAGCAUGGCAACAUAUGCUCACAUCAAAGCCAACCCCGAGAGCUUCGCACUCUACUUCAUGAUGGGCGUCUGCUUCGGCCUCCUCAUGGCGCUGUGCCUGUUGGUGUCGGGAAUCACCUGCAGGUCACGCCGCCGCAUUCCCAAACCCGCGCCGUCACCCGAAAGGCGGCAACUGAAGGAGUCCAGCGAGGACGACGAAGAAGAGCGAGCGGAGGAGAGCGGAGCAGAUGAAGAAAGUGUGAAAAUGAGUCUGGCGCCGAUGGACGAAUGCAGCACGCGUUCCAACGGAACCCUAAAGAGCGUCGACGUGUUUGAUUCGGUUGAGGAACUGGAAAAGGCUCGUCGACUGGAGGAGAGAGAGCGUAUCGUCCGGGAGAUAUGGAGGAACGGGCAGCCGGAUAUUUUGGUCACCGGGACCGGCACUAUUGGGCGGGUCCAUUACCACUAG